GCCAGGGUGAGAUUUCUCGCACCCACGCGCUCGCGCCCGGCGCCACAUACACUUCGGCGCGCACGUUGGCAGCGUCGCCCACGCCUCGGAGGCUGCGAGGGCAGCCGGCCCGGCCGCCCGAGGGGCUGCGCGCAAAAUGAGCUCUAAUGCGUCAGAUUCCGCUAAAAGACCACAAAGGCGGGCCAAAGCCGCGGCCCUCGAGGCGCUCGAGGCCGAGAAGGCCGCAGCGUCUCCGGAGGUCAAGCAGGAACGCGCCGAGGGCACGCGCCGGGCGCCCGCGCGGAGGGCGAAGGCCGCGGCGAUCGAGGCGCUGGAAGCCAGUGAGGCGCCCGUGCCGGACCGCGCCGAGGGAACGCGCCGGGCGCCCGCGAGGCGGGCGAAGGCCGCGGCGCUCGAGGCCAUCGAGGCCGGCGAGGCGGCCGCGCCGCCGGCGCCGGCACCCGCGCCGGCCGCGCCGGAACCGGCCGCGCCGGAACCGGCCGCACCGGAGCCGCCCGCGCCGGAACAGACCGUGACCACGCCCACGACGGAGCCGCCCGCGCCGAUGGACCCCGCGCCGACGGACACCGCGCCGCCGGCGCCCGCGCCGGCCCCCGAGGCGCCGCCGGCCGAAGCAACAGCGCCGCCGCCGCCCGCUAUACCCGACGCGGCGACGGAAGAAGCAAGGCGCCUCGCGGCGGCGCCGACGGCGGCGGCGCUCCGCGAGGCCUACGCGCGCGAGCAGGCCGCGGCGCGCGGCGAGGCGCCACCAGCGCCCGCCCCGUCGCCGGCCGCCGCGGCGCUGCAGGCGCUGGACGCCCUGGACACGGCGCCGCCGCCGCCGCCCGCCUCACCAGCAAUAGCCGCCAUACCCGCAGCCGCCCUACCGGCCCUGGAGCAGCUCAAGACCGACGCACCACCACCGCAAAUACGCGUCGGCGGCCCGCUACGGUUAGAUGUGCGCUUAGAUGAGGAAGGCCGGCCGCGCUUCGUGCCCCAGUUCGACAACACCGACAAACCGCCCCCAGAUCUCUUCGCGCCGCGGCCGCCGUCGGCCAUAGCGCAUGCGGCAAAAUGCGAGGACGACGAUCAAUCGAUGAGGACGGCCCACGACUGUCUGCGCACGAAGACGGACACGAAGUGGCGGGCCAUGCAGGACGCCUGGCGGACGAGUGUUGUUGCAAAGGUGUUGGCGGCCGGUGGCGCUUAUGAAAAAGCUUCGGAGAUCCGCGACUCCUGGACCUUCUCCGUGCAACCUAGCCUGAAGAACUUGCACGGCACGCAGGCGACCUUCGAAGCCUCGGAUGGCACUACUGUGUUCAAGAGCGAUGAUGAAAUUUUGAGAUUUCUGAAUUUAUAUACGCCGCGAUACAAAUGCCGUCAGCGGGUCCGAGCGAGAUAUAGAAGAGGACCGACCUACUAUGCGGCCACCGUGCAAGCCGUGCGGGACAACGGCACAUAUGACGUGGUCUACGAGGACGGGUCGCAGGACGAGUGCCUCGAGGAGGUCUACCUGACGCCGGCGAUGCACGGCGUCUCUGAGGCCCAAACUUUGGCUCCUGGACUAUUGUUGAGCGCCCUGUCUCGCGUUACAAGUGAUACGAAGCCGGUCAAGCGGUCCCACCACAAGAUGGUCACGCGCAUGGACUACGAUGACGACGAGUACCACGAGGACGAUGUGAGUGAUGAUGAGGAACCCAUCAAACGGUCUCGAACAUCGAAGAGCGUCGACGUCAAGGUCCCGUCGUCGUGGGCGCCGUCGCCCUGGCUCGCUCGAGCGGACCCCGUGGACAUCGCGGCUGCCUUGAGCCAGGUGGCAUCCGCAGCUAGACGUAGAAAUGCGGUCCGGCCGCGGCCGCAACCCCCACAGGUGUGUCUGCCGUUUUCUCGGACGAGCGGGUAUCCCCGCGCGCCAGAAACCCAAGCUGGGGCGCAAAGACGUGACAGAGCGCGUCCUCGGGCGCAGCCCGGCUGCCUCGGUCCGCGCGACGAGCGGGGCCGCUUUCCCUGCCCCGCCGGGUGUGAUCGCACUUUCGCGCACGCGCCCGCGGCCGUCCAGCACGGCAAGCGGUGCCCGCUGCCGCCGGCGUCGCGGCACUUUUCAAGAGGUGACGAGGCGCCGCCGCCCUUCUGA